GGUCUCGACUGUGAGAAUGUCUCAAUUACUCAUGAGCCUUCGCGAAGGCAGCUCGAUCUCUUCCUGGUAUUGCGAUGCGCUGAUUGAGAAGCCUUUUGUUGCUGGUUUUCUUCAUCUUCUGGUUUUGGCCCUCAGCACCAUCGUCCUACGUCGUCUGUACUUCCAUCCAUUGGCACGCGUACCUGGGCCCCGUCUCGCGGCCUUGACAGACCUCUAUGCCUUUUACUUCAAUUUCCUGCAGGGAGAUGGCUACUCCAAGCAGUUCGAAGGCUUUCACGCCAAGUACAACUCCUCUAUCAUCCGCAUCGGGCCGAAUCAUGUCCACAUAAAUGAUCCAGCGUUCUUCGAAGAGGUAUUUUGCGUCGGGUCCAAGUGGGCGAAGGAUUCUUCGUUCUACCGACACUUCGGUGGGCUAGACAGCAUGAUCGACCCCCAGGACUACCGCAUCUAUCGGAGCCACAUCGCCCCGUUGUACUCGGCGCGGUCUGCCGACGAACUGGCGCCGAGUGUUCUCAAGGAGUUGCAGUUCAGUGCCACCAAACUGCGACGACAUCUCAGCACGAAGGAGCCUGUGAAUGUUCUGCAAAUCUUCCGCACCCUGAGUGCCGAUAUCGUUCUGCGGAUCCUCUUUUCUCACGAUGUAAAUCUUUUCGAUUGUGAGACAUACCAUCCCUUCUUGGAGGCGCUGGAUACGGUGAUGACCAAGACCUGGUUAAUUCUCACGUAUCCGUCCGUGGCCGGUUUCCUGAGCCUAGUGCCAGGCUCCGGAUAUCGGGCUUUUGCGUCUGCCUUUAAAACCUUCACCAAGUACUGCGAAGAAUGGGCGGCAACGGAUGUCCGAAUGGCAAAGUCCUCGCAGGUUGCAUCCCAGCGGGAUUCCCACAUGAAACGCUACGCGCAAAUCGACCCGAGCGACACCAAGAAGACCCGCGCCGUCCUUCAUCCCCUGGAAGACAUCUUCAACUUCAUCGCCGGCGGCAGCGACACCACGGCGUACACCACCGCCUGCGCCGUGCAUUACCUGUUGGCCUCGCCGACGGCGCUGGCCAAGCUGCAGGCUGAGCUCGAUGCGGCAGCGCCCUUCAUCCGCGACAACUUCGAUCACAACAAGAUCGCGAGCCUCCCGUAUUUGGGCGCCGUUGUGAAGGAGGCACUCCGUCUCUCGAGUCCAGUGCCGGGCUGUCUGCCUCGUCUGGUUCCUGAGCCUGGCACGCGAUACGGCUCGAUCUUUCUUCCCCCGGGUACCGCUGUAUCGGUCAGUCUGCUGAGCAUCCAGCAGAACGCACGCAUCUUCCCCGAACCGCAGAAGUUUCUCCCGGAUAGAUGGCUGGGAGACGAGGCGGAGACCACGAGAAAGUGGAAUGUGGCCUUUAGCAGGGGACCGCGUCAAUGCAUCGGUGUUAAUAUUGCGUACCUCGAGCUCCAUGCUUGCCUCGCCUAUCUAUUCUCUCACUUCCAGUUUGCCUUGUGCAAUCCGACCAAGACGGAACUGGAAUGGGUGGACCGAUUUGUCGCGCAUAGCACGAGAGACGUCAUGGUUAGAGUCACUGAGGAUCGCUGGGCGUAGAUGAUUCUUCUUCGUGCUGCGCUGUGGCGUGGAGAGUUGGCGGGUUCCUGCUCGUGGUGGUCUGAGAUAGACAUCUUGGAUGAUUCGUCUGUGAGAUGCUCGUGGUCUGUGUUACUCGCUAGGUUGUCGUGUGCAUAGAAAUUGCAGUGGCAAUGGGAUGGGAUGGGAGGCAUUAGUAGAUGCUAUGGCGUCCAGCUCC